AUGAUAUCACAAAAUGCCGAUUCUUCUUCAGGUAACAUGAUAGACAUACAGAUCGAAGAGUCUUUAGGUCGUGAAACCUUAAUGACAAUUGACUCUUCUAAUUUCAAGGAAGAUUUGUUUUCAAUCCUUGGAUUUAUCAUAAUACUCGUAAUUACUACGAUCACUGGUAUAAUUGGUCCGAAAUCAUACGAUUGCCACGCACAAAAAUUAUUAAUUGAUCAAAACAAAUUAGAAAUGCAAUUAUCUCAUAAUCACAUCAGCGUAUACAACAGAUACACAAAAAUAUUUAUUGAAUUCGAAAAAGAUAGCUCCAACGAAAUUCCAAAAUCAGUCGGACUUAUUGACUAUAGCAUCGCUUUAACAAACAAAAAGGUAAUAGUAAAUAAUUACUAUGGCAAAAUUUCAAAUCAAACCCUCAAUUUCCAGACAGGAUCUUCAACUUCUGAUCAAAUUUUGUUAUAUUCCAGUCCAUUAAUUGAAUACGAUGCAAUCCGUAUUGACAUUGUUGUUACAGAUGCUGAACACCUUCGUGCUGCCCAAGUUUCUCAUUAUUUGGCAACAAUUCAACAUUCCUAUUAUGAAAUUUACUUCAGAACUGCAUUCGCAAUUAUUGAGUUCAUGUUACUGAUCCUUUUCGUAUUCAGCCUUCGCAAAGUUUCUUAUUCUUUCUGGCAUUUAGAGCAAAAAUUAACAUUACACUUACAGUUUUUGUCAAUGCUCUUCAACAACCCUCUCAUAUACUUAACAAUCACAUAUCCAUCUAAAACUGGCCUAAUUUUGGAUAUUUUAAUUAAAUCGAUUUUUACGACUUAUUUCAGGUAUUUCGUACUUGUUUUAUUCGAUUCAUUAAGAUACAAGAACAGAAAGACAGAUCCAUGCUUCUUUGUCCCAAAGAUCCUUUUCUCCUUCGCAAUGUUCGCAACAAUUUAUCUGAACACAAUGAUCACAGAAUUACCAAGCUACCUUCCAUUCGAAUUAUCAGAUGAAGUUAAGAAGUACAUUGAUACAGCUGAUACUGCUCUUUUCGGAGUUUACCUUGUUUGGGCUGCAAUUACAACUUUAUUUGCAGGCUGCCAGGUCGACAUCACAGAGAGAUAUAAGUAUGUAAUCUAUAUUAUCUCAGGAAUUGCUGCUUUGGCACUUUUGGCCACUUCAGAAUUAUUAUUCAAAUUCUUCAAGUUCUUCCAGGAUUCAUCACUUCAAUUUGUUGAACAGUUCUCUAUUUACAAUGUUUUCUCAAUGCUCAUGGUCUAUUUCCACUGGCCAUUUGAAAUCUUUAGAGAUCAAGACUAUCUUGACGGUGACCUCCAAGCUGAUUUACCAGGUCAAUUUUUUGUAAAUGAAGAUGAAGAAUAA